AUGAGUUUCAACGACAGUCCACCUCCUUCCAUGUCCUCCGGAGAUUUUAGGAGCUUAAAACCUGACUAUGCGGAAGAAGGUGAAAAGGUAGCAGCUGAAGCACCACCCCCAACCGUUUCUUCCGUAUUUUUUGGAAGUUCCCAACAGCAAUUCCCACCGAUUGCUCAACGCACGGUGCCGAUUGUCGGAUAUGUUGCUGAAGCUCCAGAACUGAUAGCUCUACGUCCGGUGGUGCCCUCGAGUAAUCAACUUAACGCGGACAGCAACCGUGAGUACUCGCCUGAAGCAGUCGCCGGCGGUGGUAGUUAUUCAGCUCUUGUGCACCAGAACAAAUCUGUCUAUGGUAUCGUCGAUCCAGACAGUUAUGGGCAAGCGCCGAGCUAUACUGGCUUGGUUGAACGAAAUCGAACUAGCAAUGGCUCACCCACUGAUGAUGUUAACUUCGAUCCUACAGCUCAAGCAGGAUUCAGUAUGGUUGGAAAGAAAUUCACGAUUGCAAACCAGCUACUUAAUCAGUAUCAGAAUUAG